AUGCGAGUUCUACCGCGAGGGGCUGGGAGAGCCGAGCCGUCAAUGCUCCUGCUGCUUCUCCUGAUCUUUGCGAUCGCCGCUCAAGUGGCUGCGGUGCCUGCAGACGAUACAUCGACGGAUACUACCGAUGCCGCUAGGACCACCGACGAUCCCUCCACCACUGAUAGCCAGACCACCGCUGCUACGACAACCAAGUCUUCAUCUUCGUCCACUUCGACGUCAACCACGAAGGAAACCAGUACAACGACCUCUUCAUCGUCGACUAGCACAACCAUGGAUACGACCACCACCUCCUCGUCUUCCUCCUCCACAACCUCUGACACAAGCACAUCAACAUCCUCCUCCUCCACAACAACAACAUCAUCAUCAUCAUCAACAACAACAACAUCGUCUUCCUCGACCACCACAGGUGCCGCGAUCGUGACAGUGCCCCCAAUAGCAAAUGCGCCCUACAUGCAAGAGAGUGCCGCGCCAGAGGGCACUGUAUUCAUCGCCGUCGGUGCCGCCCUAGGCCUAAUCGGUCUGACCCUGCUCGCAUGGCGCGCAAUGAUCGCAUGGUCUGUGAACCGCUCAGUACGCCGCGCAGCCAUAAUCCACGCCUCUGAAUCCAAGCGCCUUCUCCGCGGCAGCAGAAAGAAGCGCUCAGUCCCCUACACCGCUGCGCCAGCGGCAGACGUCUCCCUCGACAAACUCGGCGCUGCCACUCGGGCAAGCUACAAGUCCAACCGCGUUCCAACGGCCUCUUUUUUCUCCCCUACUGCUGGCGGUGGUGCCCAUGGAUCACAUGCUAGUCUCAAUGCGACAGGGAGCACAGGCAAUCGCGGCUCGACUUACCUGCCCGCUGGGUACUAUGCUGCUGCUGGUGGUUCCAACCCGGCUGUCGGCAGUGGCGAAGUGCCAUACUCACCUACGGCUGGCCUGUCCUCGCCUUCAUUGCCUCCUACCGGUGUCUACAAUGAUUCGCAUGUCCAGCGUCACUCGCAUGUGGGCGCUUCGACCAGUUCACUGAAUCUCAACCAGGCGCCUCAGGGUCGUGCCCCUAGUGCGUACCUAGAGGACUUGUUCGAGAGCCAUGUGCCCUCUCACAACUCGGGGUCUGAUCGUCGGUGA